ACCACUACCACUACCACUACCACUACCACUACCACUCCAUCCACUACCACUACCACUACCACUGCCACUACCACCGCCACUCCAUCCACUACCACUACCACUCCAUCCACUACCACUACCACUACCACUGCCACUACCACCGCCACUCCAUCCACUACCACUACCACUACCACCACCACUCCAUCCACUACUACUACCACUACCACUACCACUACCACUCCAUCCACUACCACUACCACUGCCACUACCACUGCCACUCCAUCCACUACCACUACCACUCCAUCCACUACCACUACCACUCCAUCCACUACCACUACCACUACCACUACCACUACCACUGCCACUCCAUCCACUACCACUGCCACUCCAUCCACUACCACUACCACUACCACUACCACUCCAUCCACUACCACUACCACUACCACUACCACUACCACUACCACUCCAUCCACUACCACAACCACUCCAUCCAUUACCACUACCACGCCAUCCACUACCACUACCACUACCACUCCAUCCACUACCACUACCACUACCACUACCACUACCACUACCACU